UCGUAAGCCAUGCAUGCAUGUCUUUGUUUCUCUAAGAAUUCUGCUAACAAACACACCGAGCAUCGGCACAAAGAGCAGAUGUUAUAUUUAUUGUUUUGACAGAAUAAACUUCUUAACUCAUAUACCUUCAAAUUCGACUCAGUUAGGUCUCAAGUACUCUAGUUUCCGAGUGAAUUCAGGGGUCCUGACCAGAUUUUACGAUAAGUUUCCAAUUUAGAAUUUUCAGAUUUGGAGAAGCAAGUGACAGACAACUGAGCAAAAGCAGUAACACCAAACACGUCACACAAUAAAAACCCAGACAUAAAUAUAAGGUUCUUCCAAGUUUUCUUUUCUUAAACCAGCCAAACAAAUGGCGUCUAGGGUUUCUCUAAAGACGAAAGGCAAGAGCAGCAGCGGCAAGGGAGCAAAAGGUGUGGAAGAGAAGUCAGCAUCACAGUAUGUCAAAGAAUGGAGCACAUGGACAUUUAAGAAGGCGAAAGUAAUCACACACUAUGGAUUCAUUCCAAUGAUUAUCAUCAUUGGAAUGAAUUCUGAGCCUAAACCCCAGAUUUAUCAGCUCCUUAGUCCCUUCUGAAUCGAGCCCAGACCGUGGUUUCUCUUGUUCCAUGGUGGGUCUGUGCUUAUUUGUCGAAUCUGCUUCCUUUUGGGAAAUGGGUUUUGUUAGGUUUCGUUAGAUUUUACUGUUUUAUGGGGUUUGUAGGUAUGAAUUGAUUAGUAUAAAUGUUAAAGUUUGAACUUUGCUA